AGACAAUUGGGGAUGCCUACAUGGUGGUUUCUGGCCUCCCAGGGCGAAAUGGUCAACGUCAUGCACCAGAAAUUGCUCGGAUGGCCCUAGCAUUGCUAGAUGCAGUCUCUUCUUUCCGUAUCCGCCACCGACCCCAUGACCAGCUGAGGCUUCGUAUAGGUGUUCACACAGGACCAGUCUGUGCAGGUGUUGUUGGUCUGAAGAUGCCCCGUUACUGUCUUUUUGGAGACACUGUAAACACUGCUUCUCGAAUGGAGUCUAAUGGUCAAGCUCUGAAGAUCCACGUCUCCUCUACCACCAAAGAUGCUCUGGAUGAGUUAGGAUGCUUCCAGCUAGAGCUUCGGGGGGAUGUGGAGAUGAAGGGAAAAGGAAAGAUGCGAACUUAUUGGCUCCUAGGAGAGCAGAAAGGACCUCCUGGACUCCUGUAAAUCCCACUUCUUCCCACUUCUUGCUGCUGGUACUUGGGUGGGCAGUGGCCAUCAUCUCUUCAUAUAUCAGAAACAGACUUUGUCACAUGGGAUGGAAAACGUGCACAAAAAUUCCACCUUAUAUGGAGAUUGUAUCUCUCUGUAGCUCAGCCUUGUACAUAUACCAGCCCCUCUCUGGCUUGGUCCCCUUCUUCUCUACCUUCUGUAAAUAUCUGUAUGUAGACCAGAAUAUUUUGGCCAAGUAUAAAACAACACAACAACAACAA